UAUAUAGGGAACAGAGUGCCAUUUGCAACGCAUAUCAUCUUUGUGGAAACUGCUUUUGUAUCGUCAAGGGCAUUAAAGGGUCAGCUGUAGCAGUAACCAGUGAGCAGACCGAGAUUGGCUUUAUUCGUUCAUGCUGAUAGUCCAAUAAGAUCCCACUUGAGAAAAAUCUCCACCUUGUCCUCUGAGAGGUCAGGUGGAAUCAUCCCCAUACUGCUUAGACCAAUCACAUCUCAACAAGUGUGUAGGGUCUGUUUGGAACUGGGCCUCUAAUGUGGUUCCCACUGGAGCUAGACGGACCGGACUCUUCCUAUAUCGCCACAGGAGAGAGUUGCCGCCGUCACUCUGACAGUGAGGAGGUUCUACCUCAGGAGAACCUAAACAAUAGGACCAGUCCAAACACAAAUCCAAGAAGAGACACACGGCUGCAGAGAGUGUGGAAAGGAGUUCCCUACCUCGUAUAAACUACGCAGACACCAACAGAUCCACCAAGGGGUGAAACCUUACCGAUGUUCUGCAUCCAGGAAGAACUUGAAGCUACACCAGGUAGUGCACACAGGAGAGAAACCUUACUCCUGCCCUGUCUGUGGCAUGGGCUUGACUCAGCAGGAAGAUGUGACUGCCCACACUGUAGAGAGAGAGAGACUAAUGACACUGAGGAGGAAGAGAAGGAAGAAGAGAAAAGGGAGGAAGAAGAGGAAGUAGGUGGAUUGAUACAUUCUGAAGGAGAAUUAGGUCAUUUGGAUUCUCUUCAGCUUGGAAUGAGUCCUGCCUCCAGCCACGGCAGUGAGGAGACUACCUCUACAUCAGGAGAACCUGAGCAACACCAGGAGAACCACGACACAGCCACGACGUCUCACCGGGAGACUCAUCAGACAGAAAAAUCGUCUCACCGGGAGACACAUCAGACAGAAAAAUUGUCUCACCGGGAGACACAUCAGACAGAAAAAUCGUCUCACCAGGAGACACAUCAGACAGAAAAAUCGUCUCACCGGGAGACUCAAGAGACAGCCACGUCGACUGACCGGGAGACUCAUCAGACAGCCACGUCGUCUCACCACUGCUGCUGUGCCUGUGGACAGGAGUUCCCUGGUGCCUAUGACCUCAUGCUACACCAGAGGACUCACUAUAUAAGGAACAGGGUUCCAUGUGAGACACAUACCAUGACUGCACACCUGCAAACAUCCGCUGUGAAGAGAGAGCGUGGUCACACUGAGGAGGAGGAGGAGGAGGAAGGAGAGGAAGUUGGUGGAUUUAUUAAACGUGAAGAAGCAGCUACUUGGGAUCCUCCUCAACUCGGAAUGAGUCCUGCCUCCAGCCACGGCAGUGAGGAGACUACCUCUACAUCAGGAGAACCUGAGCAACACCGGGAGAACCACGACACAGCCACGACGUCUCACCACUGCUUUGGCUGUGGACAGGAGUUCCCUGCCGCCUACGACCUCCUGUUACACCAGAGGACACACAUGGAGAGAGGCUUCUACAAGUCUGUCUGUGGAGAGCUGUUCUACCAGAAAGAGUUACUCAAAACACACCAUCAGAAAGUUGACACAGGAAUACCUGGACAACACCGGACGAAUCCCAAAGCUAAGAAGUCUCACGACUGUGUCGUGUGUGGAAAACAACUAUCGGAAGCAAUGAAGCUGAAGAGGCACAUGAGAACACACACGGGAGAGAAACCUCACAGUUGCUCCGUGUGCGGCAGAGGGUUCACGCAGAAAGGAAAUCUGAAAACACACAUGAAAACACACAGAGGGCUGAACCCCAAAUUGUGGUCGGCAGGAGAGGACAGUCCCUCUACAUCAGGAGAACCUGAACAACACCAGAAGAACCACACAGCUAAGACAUUUCAGAAUUGCAUAGAAUGUGGGGAGAUGUGCCAAACUCUACCAGCACUAAAAAAACACAUGAAAACUCACACCAGUAAGAAGCCGUCUUACCAAUGCUCCCUUUGCGGGGCGGAAUUCACUGAGAAAGGGCAAAUCCAAGACCACCAGUUACAGCAUGUUGGAGAGAAGCCGUACUCCUGCCCUGACUGUGGGAAAUGUUUCGUCAAUGAAAGCUACAUUAAAAUUCACCAGCGAACACACACUGGAGAGAGACCCUACAGCUGCCUUGUGUGUGGAAAUAGUUUUGUGAAAAAAGCAUACUUAAAAAGUCACGUACUGACACACACUGGAGAGAAACCGUACCUUUGCUCCAUCUGCGGGAAGACAUACAGUCGAGAAGGAACUUUCAAAAUCCACCAGAGAGUUCACACGGGAGAGAAACCGUACCUGUGCACUGAAUGUGGGAAGCGUUUCAGCUGUAGAGCAAACCUUUAUUCGCACAACAAGAGACACGCUGGCAAACCCAUAGGACCUAAACGUCAGCUAGGCAGACCGAAGCAGCUGCCAAACUGACAAUGGGACAGGACAAAUGAACUUGUGUAGUGUCUCUCCUGAUCACCAACAAAAUAGUUAUGUUCCAUUGAUUAUGCAUUUCUCAUAAACGGACAUAAAACAAUACAAUAUGAAGCAUCUGUGGAUGUCUGAAAGACUGAAGAUUUGUCAGCACCUGGACCUAAACAGCAGUUAGGCAGACCCAAGAAACUGCCAUAGGGGAAACAGUGCUGGUUAAAUUAACUUACACAGUGACUUCAUUUUGUCUAAGACGUCACAGCAGAGUUGAAAAAUAUAUGGCCCGUGGAAAUCAAGAGAGUGGUGGUCCACAGAGAGAGGUGGUCUACAGAGAGAGGUGGUCCACAGAGAGAGGUGGUCCACAGAGAGAGGUGGUCCACAGAGA